AUGUCGCGUAAUUUUCCUGCCGCUCUCGAUUAUUUAGGAUCGGAGGCGGAAGAUUUUUGCAAAGCCCAACAUCUUUACCUGAAACCAAUCGCAAUCAUCAAAAUCACAGUCACCUUGCCGAAAAUGACGAUUCCCGGUCAAUCGAUAUCGAAUUGGGAUUUGAUGGAACGAUUGAAAAGAGCUGUUGAUCCGAUUCAAAUGGAUUCCAUAAAAGUUCGUGAAAGUAAUAUGGAUAGUGUUAUUUUUGAGGCCGAAUUAUUAUCGCUUGGAAUUAUGGAGAAAACUAUGAAAAUUCUUGAAGGACAUGUGAUGAAAGUUUCUGGAUUCGCUGAACCUUUGAAAGUGAAAACAAAACAAUCGAAAACUGAUUUUCCGAGUAGACAUGAUUGGGAUUUAUGGUAUUUGAAAAAUAAAAUGGAUGAGACCAAACCCGGUGAACGUCCGGACACAAUUUAUCUCUCAAAAAUACCUGUUAAAUGGUUUAGUGUAAGUUUUUUCUUAUUUUUUCGAAGAAAACAUAAGUUUUGCAGGAUGGAAGAUCAGAUUUACCAUCAGAAAAACGACUCAAAAGCGCAUUUGAAGAAUUUGGAAAAAUUCGCAGAGUUGAUAUUCCAAUCUGCGAUCCUUUACGUGUAAAAAUGAACUCGAAAUACUCAGGAAUUCAAAUGAAAGGAUUCGGAAUUGGUCAGGACAUUUUUUUCGAAGCUUAUGUGCAAUAUAUGGAAUAUAAGGGAUUCGCAUUUGCGAUGGAUGCGUUGAGAAAUCGAAAAUGGGCGAAACGAAUUGAUGGAAGGUUUUUUCAAGCAAGUGUCAAGGUUUGCAGUUUUUUUUUGUUGAAAAAUUAGUGCUCUUGGAAAGAAACACAGUGUGGGUCCCAAAAUUUUGGGCAAUUUUUGGUCAAUCUCAUGCUACCUAAAUUAUUCCUAGCUUCCCUAAUUUUAUGUCUCAAAUUAAAGAUUUUUAGAUAGAAAUUUGACCUGAAUUUCGUAGAUUUUCGCAGAAUCCAAAGUACAAAAAUUUAAAAUAUCCCAGCCCUCAAAUUUAAAAAAACUAAAUUUUAAAUUCCAUUUCCAUCCGCCAUUUGGCUGUUGUUGAUUUGAAGUCAUCGAUCUGCAGGUAUUAUCUUCUUUCAAAUUCUCAUCAAUUUUCAAAAAUUAAAUUCAGGUGGAUUUCGAUCGAACACGUCAUUUGAGCGAAUCAAUAAUUGCGAAACGAGCUGAAGAAAGAAGACGAAUUGAAAAUGAGCAAAUUCAGAAAGAGGAGGAAGAAAUGAAUGAGAGGUAUUUAAAGGUUUUUGGCACAUUUUUAAAAAUUCAAAUUAAAUUUUUUUAGAAUGAAAGAGGAACUUCGAGUUAAACAAGAGCAAGAUGAAAAAGAUCGAAGACGUGAGGAACGAGAGAAAAAACGUAGGGAAAAGGUGAGAUUUUUUCAGUUUUUUUUAAAAUUUUCUUCUAUAAUUAAAUGUUUUUCAGCGCGAAUUGGAAAGAUUGGCUGAAGAGGAGAAAAGGAGAAAAGAAUUGGAAACUUUGGAGCUCGAAAAUUCAGCGAAAGAGCGGAGAAAGAUUGAGGCCACGUUUCUGCUCAAUUUUUUGUUUCAGAAAAUUGAGGUGAGAUUUUUGAAGGGGUUUGAAGAUAUAAUUGAAAAAAAGUUCGCAGACAAAAAUUCAGUCUUUUAAAACAUUUUUAUAUUUCAAAAUUUUACGCUGAAAGUUGGCUCAUGAAAAAAUCAGCUUUAGUUUUAUUAACUAGGAGCCCUAAAAUCACCUAUAAAAAUCAAAAGUUCUUUUGUUUCAUGAGCCAAUUUUCGAUUUUUUGACAAUUUGUGUUCUGAAAUAUUGAUCAUGAUAAAUUAACCUAUUUUCAAUUUCAAAAUUCGAUAAUCCUUAAAAAUUUCAAAAAUUCUAGGCCCGCGAAGAAAGAAGAAAACGAAAAGAGGAAGACAAGUUGCGCGAAGAAUUGACCAAAAUCAAAUGUUUGGAAGAUCAACCAGUUGAACAAGAAGAUGCAUUGAGACAAGCAUUGUUGAAACAAAGAGAAUUGAGAAUGAGAGAAAGGGUAAGAGUUUUUUUUGAAAUGUUUCCUAUAAGCCUCAAAGUCUGUUUUCAGCUGAAGGAAAAGAUGAAGGAAGCCGCUAAAUCCAAGGAAAUCGAAAAACAAAACAAAAAAGGAUAUAGGAAGAAGAGACAUGGUAAAAAUUUAACAAUUUCCGCUGAACGUCUGAACAUCUGGAAAAUUGAAAUUGAAAUUUUGAGAUUUUAUUUUAUUAGCUAAAAGUCUCUAAAGUUCGAAUUUUCAAAUUCUGGGGCCAAAAAUAAUUAUUUUGUGUUCGAGCUUCAAAAUUUGAGCUAUUGAUUUUUUUUGAAGAAUUUUCGAGAUUUUUUCAUGGAAAAAUUGGAACUUCAAUAUUCUUUAGCCAGUAUGGAGCCUAAUUCUUCAGUCAAUUCAAAAUCCAUAUUUAUUUCCAGAUUCUUCUUCGUCGGAUGAAAAACCUCGCAAAAAACACAAUCGCCGAUAUUCUUCAGAUUCUUCAGAUGAUUCUGAUCGAAGAGAUCGUCAUAGGCGAAGAAAAAGAAGAUAUUGA